CUCGGCGUUCGAGCAGGUUUUCAGGCGUGUAGACAAGUAUUGGCGGUGGAUGAUGGAGUGAGACGUAGGUGGAGUUCACUCAAGACGUCUAGUGCCAGGCUUCUCGAGAAGGCGAGAAGACGAGAAGACUAGAACAAGGGGAGGAGGAGGGGGAAGGAGUAAAAAGGGAAGAGGGAAGAAACGAGAGAAAAGGAAAGAGAAGGAAAGAGAGCGAGAGAAGAUGGAUAGAAAGUAGGCCGAUGCUGAUGCUCAUGCUCCGACGGUUGAGCCCACCAGCGGAAAGUCUAACCUCAGGGUCCGUGACCCAAACUACCUCGUCCGUUAGAUGGCCAGCAAUCUCGGAAUUCCAGCGGGGCGGUGCGGGGCGCGGCGGGCGGGCUCUGAAUCCCAGAAAGCGAAGCGGAACGGACGGAAAUGCUUUGGAUGCGGGGAAGAAUAACAACCAAAGAAGGUAUCGUUCUCUUGCGCCUUCUUUUGCUGCGUUCCACCUUCUGCCUUUCGUGCUUGGCACUGCAGCUGCGUGUAAUCCGCACGGCGGCGGCGGCUUAUGCACAAGUGAUGACGUACAACGACGACUAUCCACUCUACUAUGGCGCUGCUGCUGGAAAAAUACCCAAGGAGGUAUGAUAGGUAGUAGUCUUGUCCAAUGCGAGAGUGAGAACGAAGAUGCUGACGUUCCUGACCUAAUGGGAGAAUGUUGCAACGACGUGAGCCUUCCAGAGGGAGUCGAGAACGAAGGAAAGAAAAAGAAAAAGAAAAGAAGAAAAGAAGAAAAGAAGAAAAGAAGAAAAGAAGAAGAAAAGAAGAAAAGAGAACAGCCGUGAAAGCGCAAAGAACGGGGGGUCGUGUGAACGUAUGAACGUGUUGAAUGGGACCUCCAGAAGCAACCCUUCAAUGGCAACGACAAUGGCCACUGCCUCUCGUCAUAUAUGUAUCGAAUAACGGCCGCGCUUUCGCCUCAUUCAAAACACCUCUAUCGCGCGAUUCCAUUCAAAA